AUGCAGCUCCUUCUUUUUCUUUCCCUUUUUGUAACCACCGUAUCCAUAUUAUACGGUGGCGGUGGUAGAGAUCGCUUUGACGAUGACAGUAUUGACUAUAGUCAUGAGCACCGUCCACGUCCCCAUAGACCACGCCCCCAUAGACCACACCCACCUAGAGAGAUAACCAAGUGCCCGGAUUCCUGGAUUCUAUUCAAAAGGCCUCAAGGGAAUUGGUGUGUUAAUGUUUUCUCAAAUGCUCAAACCUGGCAAAGUGCUGAUGAUAUGUGUAAGGUCUACGGUGGAGUGUUGACUGGUUUACAGACAAAUGAGGAGAGGUUAAAGCUGGCUGAAAAAGCACGUCUUAUCACCGCACCACUAAGUUCUGUUGGAUCCAAUGUUUGGUUAGGAGCCAAAAGGAAACCAGAAUGUCCGAGAUUAGGAGUCUGUCCGAAACCAGAUACAUUCUAUUGGACAGAUGGGGCAACAACGGGAACUGAAGGUUUUGGAUUUGCUUUUACACAACCUGAUGGGCAAGUCAAAGGAGCAUUUGGAGUACAAGCAUGCGCUGCUAUGGUUGUAUUUUCGAGUGGUUACGGUACCGGAGGUUCGAAUCAGAACAUUCAUGGACAACUGGACGAUGUGUACUGCCAACAGCAACCAUUUCCUGUCACACUUGCCGCUUGUGGAAAGAAAGCGACGGAAUACUAA